CUAUUUAUAACCAUUACAGGUAGUUGAAGCGAAACACAAGCCAAGAUGUCGUCGAUGGAAGGUUAAUCUUACGAGUGACCAUCUCCGAACUUCACCAGGAGCAACUCUUUAUCAAGUUCUACGGACAUUUGGCAUGGUGUUUGUCUAGCGAUCAAAGCGUGGAUGUGUUAUUCUUACCUGUGAGCUGAAUUUCUUUGUAAAGGAGAUUUGACAAAUAGGUUAAUAUAUCCGCUACUCGAUAAAAACUUGAACCAGCUGGCGACAAUCUUGUGUACACAGUCGUCAAACGAGGACAAGGAAUUUGUUACCUGACUACUUGUUAAGUACUGUCGAGGUUUUUUCCAGUUUGUGUGUUAUCAUCAGCGCUAUAGUAAUUUGACUUAUAUUAUAUUAAAAGAAAACUUAAAACACCAAGAUGAGUAUAUUCGGGUGGCGAAAGAGCUUAUCUAUAAGUGAAAAAGACCCGACCUACAAAGUUCGAUAUUUGGGCAAUGUCCAAACGUCAAUGAUGAAGGGCGAAGGAUGUGUGGACAAACCCGUGUCAACUAUUUGGAAUAAUUAUAUGAGAAGCUCACAUCCUGGUUUAGAAAUGAAACUGAGUAUAACCGCUUCUGGACUUAAAGCGCACACAAAAGAACAAGGACUAACCGAAUACAGGGCACACAGAAUAUCGUACUGUAUUGCCCACCCAUCGUACCCGCGUUUAUUUAUUUGGGUUUAUAGGCAUGAAGGCAAACGAAUGAAGAUGGAGUUACGUUGUCAUGCGGUCCUGUGUAAAACGGAAGCUAAGGCGAAAGCUAUGGCCGUACAACUUCACGAAAAACUUUCUUUUGCUCUAAAGGAAUUUCAACGAGAUAAAUUGCGAAAACAAAAUUCCAGAUUAGUGCUACAGAGAACGAACUCGUUACCCGUGGCUGGGUCAGUGUUGCCAUUACGGACACAAUUUCUGAGCACAGGUACAAACUUUAAACCCCCGAUUUCAAAAUCUAACACGGCCCCAAGAUUAGGUUCAAUCACGGAAACCCUGGAAUGUGAGGACGAGGAGUUACUAGAGGAAUUAGAGGAGUGUGUUGAAAAUUUGGACUUGUCUAAUAUUUCAGACGAAAGUGAAAUAAUAGAGGCCUUGACAUUAGCAGGGCAUGCUAAUAGGUCUGUUAGCGACCAACUGGCAAGACAUAUUAUAAAUGUAGAAAUUGGUAACGACAUCGACGCACUGCGUCAAGACGAAGACGUUCAGUACUGCUUGGAUGGCACCGGUAGCACCGACUCUGACGAAGAAAGUGCAGAAUCGGGUUAUCACGAGGCUGACUCCAAGGACACCUUCGCCUCUUACGAUGAUGUUGAAGAAGAUAGUGUAUGCGAAUUACCAUGUGUGAUAUCAGACGAGGACAGCAUUCCAGAUACAGGAAAGGCUUUUUAAACCGUCAUUUCUUAAAGUGCGAACAUUUGUUUUUACAAACAGAAGAAAGACAUUUUUGCCUGUUUACUUCAAAUUAAUGUGUAACAAUAGGUAUUGUAUACAUAUAGGAUAAAUAUCUAUAUUACUGUGUCUGUAUAGUGAGAUUCCAUUAUCUCCUUCAGAGAGAGAGAGAUAAAUGGGAUUUAACGUCCACUCGACACAAACUAGGUCAUUUCGGAACUAACAUAUGGUUCAAUUUAUUUGAAUAAUUCGCUUGCGCGCAGGGGUUUUUAGCAGAGGGAGGAAACCGGAGGACCCGGGGAAAACCCACGAGGUUGGACAGGUGACCCUACACCUUGUCACGUACAUACAGGGAAUCGAAACCAAUCCAGCUGACUCAAUCACAGGCCUUAUGAUACAGCGCGCACGUGCUAACCAUUCGGCCAUCCAACCACCCUAUCCCCUUCAGACUGUGUGAAGAUAUCUUAUAUUAUUAUGUGUUAGACAUUCCAAUCAUCACAUAUAUUUCGAAGAACUGAUUCUGGUUAUUUACUCUUAAUAACCAUUCUAUUUGCUUUAAGAUUUAGACGUUAAUACCAUAAUUGAAAGGGCAAAAAAUAUAUAUGGAAAAUGCAAGGACUGUCCUCCCCAGAUACAUUGGAUAUAAAACUAUGACAUAUAGCUAUCAAACGAUGUGAAAUUAAGUGCAAUUGUUUGUUUUGUUUAAAAUCAUAAAUAGUAGCUGUAAUUAAAGACAUUUGUAUAUACAUUUCAAUUGUUUAUUUGUACGAGAAUUUCUUUGUAAAAACCAACUGAAUACCAUGGAAAAAUUUGAUAAAUCAAUCAUUUAUUCAUAAGAUGAAUAUGUGUAAUAUAAGUAUUUUUUUUUUCAAAUCCCAAUUGCUUACAUGUACAUGGCGUACCUUCAAUCUCUCGGGUUAUAUCCUAAACAAACAUGACCUAUUUGAAAGUACUUUUUUUUAUUUCGGGUUUUUAGCUGGAUGGAUAAUUUGAAGUAAAUCGUAAAUAAAAUGGUGUAAAUAGAAUUACUAAGACUGACGCGCAGAAUAAUUAUAAGCAUCGACAAUAUUAUGUGAUAUUAUUUUAUGAGAAAUUACGUUUUGUUAAUUGUUAUAUUUUGUUGAAAGGCUGAGAAUAUUCAGCCUGUAUUUGUUAUAGGUUAUAUAUCAUCUUUGUUAGUGUUAGUUAUUUACAUAAGUUGUACGAAUCUCCGGUCGGGACAAAUUGUUAUCAACAAAGAUGGCGACACGGCCACUAGUGACGUAUUUUAAGUGAUAAAUAUUACGGUCUAAUUCUUGCAUUUCUUCGUCUUCUUUGUAGCGAUUAAGAUUAACUUGUUUAAGAAAAUAUUUUGAUGCAUUAUUUGGUAUACAUGCAAUAAAAAUCCUUAAAAGACAUAA